CCAUUCUCCAUUACCGGGAUUUUUCUUCUGUUGCUACCGCCUCUGUUCUCCUCAACCUCUGGCUCGGAAGAAACCCUUGUUCCCAAUCUCUGCUGACUGAAAAGUGAAAACGGCAAAGCCAUUCUCAUUGGUUCAUUGGUUUACAUACCCUAACGAUUCGAAGCUGCCCUGGGAGACAGGACUAGUCAUUGAAUCUUGAUGGUGUGCGAAUGCUGAAUUGAACCCGAUCUGAGUCUUGACUAUUGGUUUAGAGGCUGAUGGGUGCUGCAGGCUCCAAGCUAGAGAAGGCUCUUGGCGAUCAAUUCCCUGAAGGCGAGCGAUACUUUGGCCUGGAGAAUUUCGGUAACACUUGUUACUGCAAUAGCGUCUUGCAGGCACUAUACUUCUGUGUACCAUUUCGUGAGCAGUUACUAGAGUAUUAUGGAAAUAAUAAAAGCAUAGCAGAUGCAGAAGAAAACCUUUUAACUUGCUUAGCUGACUUAUUUUCACAGAUAAGUUCCCAGAAGAAGAAAACAGGUGUUAUUGCUCCCAAGCGGUUUGUACAGAGGUUGAAAAAACAGAAUGAACUCUUCCGUAGUUAUAUGCAUCAGGAUGCCCAUGAAUUCUUGAAUUUCUUGUUAAAUGAACUUGUUGACAUUCUGGAGAAAGAGGCUCAGGGUGCAAAGGCUGAUCAAGAUACCUUGUCACCUUCUGAAAAGACUGCAAAUGGACAUAGGAAUGGUCCAACUAAUGGCGCCCAAAAGGAGCCUUUAGUUACUUGGGUGCACAAAAAUUUUCAGGGAAUACUCACCAAUGAGACGAGGUGCUUGCGUUGUGAAACAGUGACAGCUAGGGAUGAAACCUUUUUUGACUUGAGCCUUGAUAUUGAGCAAAACAGUUCUAUCACUAGCUGUUUGAAGAACUUUAGUUCCACGGAGACUUUGAAUGCCGAAGACAAAUUUUUUUGUGACAAGUGCUGCAGCUUGCAAGAAGCUCAGAAGAGGAUGAAGAUCAAGAAACCGCCUCAUAUCUUGGUCAUCCAUCUUAAACGGUUCAAGUACAUUGAGCAGCUGGGCCGCUAUAAGAAGCUGUCUUACCGGGUUGUCUUCCCCCUUGAGCUGAAGUUGAGUAACACUGUUGAAGAUGCGGAUAUUGAGUACUCUCUGUUUGCAGUAGUUGUCCAUGUUGGGAGUGGACCCAACCAUGGGCAUUAUGUCAGCCUUGUGAAAAGCCAUAACCACUGGUUAUUUUUUGAUGACGAAAAUGUUGAGAUGAUUGAUGAAUCUGCUGUGCAGACAUUCUUUGGGUCAGCACAAGAAUAUUCCAGUAAUACAGACCACGGGUACAUAUUGUUUUAUGAGAGCCUUGGCUCUGGUAGCAAAAACUAGACAUGAGGUGCUCCACUCUACUUCAAUCAUUUGGACUUGCCUUUUUCAUCUGUUUUCUAUGAUAAUUAUAUAUUAAAAUAUUUACCUUUUUUCCUUAUCCAACCUGCGUGAGGAGCUGUUAGACAUCCUUGUGACGAUGCAAGUUACGAAAAUUUAUACUUAGGUGGUUGGUAUGUACAGUGGAUGGGGGAAGCACACUGUCUUUUUCACAAUAAGAGAAGAAAGAGCAGUAUAUAUGAUUUGACAUUUCACCAACAAUGUUAAUCACCUUGAGAUACAAAAUGCAGUUGGAGGUGCUCGUAACUUAUAUGCGGUUA